GAAGUGGUGCGCGGACCCUGAGGGGGUGACGGAGCCGGGACCCCGGUUGCUGCGGAAACGGGCGGGAGAUGAGGCCCGGGGCAGAAUAUUGGGCGUGAUAAUGCUGCCCGUUCAGAAGAGGAAGGCGCCGGCAUCGCCUGGCUCACCGCAGAGGGCUAAAAGCGCCCGGAUGGAUGACCCCCCGGGCCUGCCCGCUGAAACUCUGGGCCAAGGAGGCGACCGUGGGAGGGGAGACUGUCGGAACCGCGCCGCCCAGCUCUCCUCCUCGGCUGCACCGGCAGCUUCAGCCGGCUGGGAUGUGCGGUUGGAAGCACUGGCUCCUGAAGCUGACCGCGGACCUGGGGCCAACAGGGAGGGCGAGGGUGAGGCAGCUCUGGAGUGGCAGACUGGCAGCGCGGUGGGCCCCAGCCCAUCGGACAGCGCAGUGGAAGGCAGCAAGGGUGAAACAGCAGAGUGGGCGGCAGCUCUGGUGGGACCACAAGAUGACGCCACCGGGAACCAGUGGGCAGGGAACCCAUCCUCCACCAGGCAGGCGCUGGAAACACCUCCCGCGGUUACCAGUACCUCAGGGGCCCGGGCUUCCCCAGGCCCCAGUGGACAGCCCGGCCAUGCUGUAAGGCCAGAAGUGCCCUCCAGAUCAGACAGGGGUCACCUGUCGCUGUCCGGGAUGCCUGUCGUGCACAAAGAAACCCCCAGUGACGACGAGAAGGAUGAAGGAGAUAGGAACCUGGUCAUCACUAUCGAGGAGGGGGAGAAUGCGACAAAGAAGAGGAGGAAGAAGGUGCUGAAGCGGGAGAGGAAGAUGAAAGAGGGGAAGAGCGCAGAGGAAAGCCGGGCGGACUGUGACAUCCAGCUGGACGACAGUUUUGAGCGAGCGCUGGAGGAUGGGGCAAAGCACCACAACCUGACGGCCAUCAACGUGCGCAACAUCCUGCACGAGGUGAUCACAAAUGAGCAUGUAGUGGCCAUGAUGAAAGCGGCCAUCUUCGACACUGAGCAGCCACACCUGUUUGAACCCAAGAUGACUCGCUCCAAACUCAAGGAGGUUGUCGAGAAAGGAGUGGUGCCCCCGACGUGGAACAUCUCACCUAUUAAGAAGAGCAAAGAGUCCAAGGCUCCACAGUUUAUCGACAUCCCUCUGGAGGAGGAAGAUUCGUCUGAUGAAGAGUACAGACCCGAGGAGGAGGAAGAAGAUGAAACUACAGAAGAGGGCUUCAUGGAGAGCGACGCAGAGAGUUCCACUUCCUCUCCUGCUGGAGGCCGCAGACCGAGGUCCAGGCAGGAGGCGUUGGAGACCGAGGAGGACAGUGCCUCUGCUGAGCUCCUGGCUGCGGCUGAGAAGGAGAAGGGGGUCAGCCUGGCCGCGAGGCACCUCAGUGUGGAAACGGUUCCCAUGGGGCCGCCGCCACUUCCACCCAAAGCCAAACACAGGCCCACCAGGGACAGCAGCUUCAUGGAAAAGCUUCAUGCCGUGGACGAGGAACUGGCGUCGAACGAGGUCUGCAUUGAUUCCUACCAGUCCCUCGAUGACCGUUUGAUUGCAUACCGCACCCGAUCCAAGUGGCCCCUCAACAACGUGUCCCUCGGGCUGCUGGAAGCAGAGCUGAAAGCUCCCGAUACCACAGCGGACAUGUACGAUCAGGGCACACAGGACGAUGUGUACUGGCAGAGCUGGAUGAAGGCUGUGAUGAAUGAUCUGGAUUACGAAGAUGAUGAGGAUGAUCCUGAAUACAACUUCCUGGAAGACCUCGACGAGCCGGACAUGGAGGAUUUUCGGAACGACCGAGCUGUGCAGAUUACCAAAAAGGAGGUGAAUGAGCUGAUGGAGGAAUUGUUCGAGACGUUUCAGGAUGAGAUGGGUGUCCCAGAUGUCGAGGAGGAAGGAGGAGACGAUGAUGCCCAGGAGCAGCUUCACAACACGUUUAAUACCCCUCAGGCGAUGCGGUUUGAGGAGCCGCUGGCGAACAUACUGACCGAGCAACACCGGACGGUGAAAGCCCAGAUCGAGCACCUCCGGCAGCGGAAAGCCAAGCACCAGGCAUCGGUCGCAGAGGCCAAACCGGCCACCAGGAGGAGCCAGCAGCCCGAGACGCUGUACCUGGACCAGCAGCAGAAACUGCAGCUUCAGCAGCAGAUGCAGCAGCACGUCCAGCUUCUCACCCAGGUCCACCUUCUCACCAGCAUCAACUCGGGCCUCAGCCAAGAGGCAGCGACGUCUAGGCUCUUCCUGAAAGAGCUGGACAGCUUUGCAGAGAAGGCCAGGGAGCUUUACUUGACCAAGGAGCCGGACUUCAGCUCCACGUUUUCGCCCUGCAACUUGAGAGAGGCGCUGGCGCUUGUCGAGGAGUUUGAUAGUAGCGUUAAACCCCAUGUGAAGGUCCCUCCGCCAAAAGAUGAUCAGAAGAUGAACAGACGAUUUGACGAGUCCAAUUAUUUGCCAAAGGAAGUGGCCUGGAUCCUGGCCACCAGGAAAGUCUUCAUGUACCCGGAGCUCCUGCCACACUCAGUUCUGCAACCCAAACAUCCGAAGGAUAAAAUUUGGUUCAGUAAAGGAGAAGACAAUUUGUUGGUCCUGGGCCUGAAGCACUUUGAGGGCACCGACUUCCCCAAGCCGCUGAUCAGUCAGUACCUCAUGCCCCCCAAGACCUACCAUCAGCUGUCUGUCCGGAUCAAGAAUCUGAGUGUCAGCCGCGCUCCGGAUAACGUGAUCAAGCUUUACAAGAAGAGGAAGAUGGUGCUGCCGAUGCCAAGCCUAUUCACAGCCGUGCGUCCUGAGGACAGGUGUCCACCCAUUGAGAGAGAGGAGAACAAGCUUCCGUUCUGGCUUCAGAGGAGUUUACCGUCAAUCCGCAGGUGGUUUGAGCAGAGUAAAGCCGAGGCCAGAUGUGGCAGUGAGGAGCCAGCGGGCAGUACCGAACCCGACACCAGCCUCCCGGGCUCUGAGCUCCCCGAGGGAGCAGGGGGACAGGGGCCAGAGGGCCGUGGGCAGUCAGCGGCUGCCCCCCUGCUGAUCCCUCAGGGCAUGGCGCUGCUGCUGAAACCCAAGGUCAGCCACCUGAUGAAGAAGGAGUUACGGUGGCGCAAGCGCCGGCCCUCGGCGGGCAAGCCUGUCCUGAUCCACCCAGCGGUCAAGAAAGUGCCCUCCAAACAGCCGGGGCCCCUGCUGCCCCCCAAGCAAGGUGCUCGACCCCCUCCUCGCCUGAUCCAACCCGCUCCUUCGGGCCUGUCAAUGCCCGUCAUCUCCAUCCCCCCGGCUCAGGGCGUACCUCCCCUCAGCGUGAACAAGCCUCCCCCUCCCCCCUGGCUAAACCCCAGCUCCGCCGGCAGGAAACCCCGAGGCAGACGGCCUGGGAGGAGCGACCCAAAGAGCAGGCGCCCCCGCCCGGCCCUGGUCCCCGUGUCCAUUCAGAGAGCCCCGGUCAUCCUGACCGUGCCGGCCGGCGUGAAGCUGGUCAGUCUGACCAGCGGCUGCAACGUGAUCGACGUCCCUGCCGGACAGACCCUCCGCGUGGCCACCAUGGUGGUGGGCCCCACCGCCUUCGCUUGCCCGGUGAAGCAGCCCUCCGCCGGCUCCCCAGCCAACGCAGCUCGGGACGCAGCCCAGCCCGGCGCAGCGGGAAGCCAGACGCCAGGCGAGAGAGCUGCAGCCCCCGGCGAGAACCUGCCUCCGGGCAGAGACCCGUCCGACCAAGGCGGUGCGGAGUUGGAGAGCAGAACAGCAUCCCCUCGCCAAGCUGAUCCAGGGAGCACUGCCGAACAGGCUGCAAAGAGUGAGGCUGCAGAGUGCGUCAGCCGGAGGGAGGGGGGACAGGUGAAGGAAUCCCCCAGUCCUCCGCCGGAAAACGUGGGUGAGACUUGCGGCUCGGCCUCCGAGGAGCAGGCGGUGAAAGCUGAGCCAGCAGAGGACAUGGACGCGGGGCCAAGUAAAGAUCUGGCCCUCCCCCCUGGGGUCGCAGGGGAGGAGGAGCCGCCUGAAGACCUGGAGGAGCCACAGCCCGUGGACGAGACAGGGAAGGAGUCCCUCAGAUCGGAGAGCUCGUCAGGAACCCCUCGUCAGGAGCCCCCGAGCACCGGGGAGGAGCAACAGGUCGUGCUGGGCCUUGGUCAAGAGCUGGACGUGGAAACGCCCCUGGAAAACCCGAGCCAUCCGCUGCAGCAGCCUGACUCCGGAGCUCUUGCGGAGAAACCUUCCCCAGAGGGACGAGUAUCAGCCACUGAAGGGGACGAGGAGGAAGCGCCAAGCUCCUCUGGGCAGGCCAAGGCGGAUGAGGAGCUUGCGGAGAGGCUUCCUGAGAAAUGCGAUGAGGUUAUCAGUGCUGAGGAGUUGGCAGUCAGCCCAGAGGACCUGAAAACUCAGAUGGACAAAGCAGACAAAGAUGGACAGGAGGAGGACGAUGAUGAGGAUUUCGAUGACCUGACGCAGGAUGAGGAAGAUGAAGAAGUUUUAUCGUCGGCCUCAGAGGAGUCUGCACUCUCUGUCCCGGAGCUCCAGGAGACCAUGGAGAAGCUGACGUGGCUGGCGUCAGAGCGGAGGCUCAGCCAAGAGGGCGACUCGGAGGAGGAGAACUCGCAGGAGGAGAAUUCGGAGCCCGAGGAGGAGGAGGAGGUCGAGGGGCUGGACCUGUUGCAGAAGGAGGCGGACGGGGGGGCACGAGAGAUGGCAGAGAAGGAAAUGCAGGGCACGGGGUUUCCCACCGCGCGUGGCGAGAUCAACACGGGCAGCUGCUUGCGAGGUGAAGUUCGGAAGCUGUCGGGAAAAGGCAAGGCCUCCUGUCGAUCACGGGCAAAACGUGGGAGGAGGCGAAUCAGUAAAGAUACUUCUAAACUCUUACUGCUUUACGACGAAGACAUUCUCAACAACGACCCACUCCGGGAGCAGAAGGACAUGGCGUUUGCACAGGCAUACCUGAGCAAGGUGCGAGAGGCUUUGCAGGACGUUCCUGGCAAGUAUGAGGAGUUCCUGAGGAUAUUGUACGACUUUGAGACCAACCCUGACCAGCGCACGGCUGUCGACCUGUAUGGAGACCUGUGCGAUAUCAUCCAGGAGUGGCCCCAGUUGCUGAAGGACUUUGCGGCCUUUCUUCUCCCUGAGCAGGCCCUGCAGUGUGGACUGUUUGAGGAGCAGCAGGCGUUCGACAAGAGCCGCAAGUUCCUUCGCCAGCUGGAGAUCUGCUUUGCUGAGAACCCGUCCCAUUACCAGAAGAUUAUCAAGGCACUGCAGAGCUGCAUGGUGUGCUCUCCACCGGACAUAGCCGAGCUGAAGGUGCAGGUGUGGCAGCUGCUGAAGGGCCAUCACCACCUCCAGGACGAGUUCUCCCUGUUCUUUGACAACCUGCGGCCACCAACCAGCAGAAUGAGUGACUUUGAAGAGGUGAAUUGGACUGAGGACAAGGAAUAUGAGGUUUCACAGCGAUUUCGGGAGCUGAUCCGGUUGUUUCACACCUCGGGCAAUGUCAGCACUGACGAGGAAGAAGACGCUGUGAACAACAGUAACCCAGAGCAGCUCGCCGACCACCCGGUUUCAGAUGAGGAACAAGACUGAUCUUUCCCGGUGCGUACACGUCGCAGUGGAGGUGACGUUCCUGGACGCGAACCUUGUGCUGCUGUGAACGGAGGCUGUGUGGCCGACGAGAAGGAGCGACCAAAGGUGGCACACAAUCCUUACGGGACUUGACUGCUGUGCGCCUUGUCUGGUGCUGGGUUGUGUUAGAUGGUUGCAGGGAGAGGAGAGCUCUGAACUGCGCCACGUCCUGCAGUCCAGUGUGUUGUAUUUUGUGGAUGUCCUCGAGCUGCUGCUGCUCACUUGCUGGACCUUUCUCGCUGUGAGCAUUUUAACCUCUGUACUGGUGUCAGGUCCGUAAAGUGUAUGCCUAGUCCUGGUUUAACAAGCUGGCACAGUCUGGUUGUCCCCUAGUUACUGAAGAGGCACUUUGACAUGGCGAGGAGAAAUUGCUGGUCUCAAUGCUCCUUUAACAAGGAGCUGGAAGCUCAUCCACAGCUGAGACCAGCUCUCUGUCUGUGUUGCUGCUGCUGAUAUUGCUGAUCCUUCUAGAGGAGCCUGUCAGGCCGAGGGUGAGCCUUCACGGUUUGAUUGUACUGCCCUCUGCUGAGGCUUAGUUAGUGGCCAUGUUGUAUAACUGCACCGUUUCCAUGGGGAUUUGAGUGCUGGGUAACAUGUAGCAGUUGGGCUGUUGUAUCACUCUGUUUGUAUUGGAGCCCUCAUGUUCUGCUCUGCUGCUGCAUGUGAUCACUGGAUGAUCUGUCUCCCCCAUAUUGUAAACUUUGAAGCCUGAGUGUGGAGGGGGUGGAGCUGUAGCGUGCCCCAGGCUGUACACAGUGUUAUUGUUCCCUUCCUUAGGUAAUGGAAGCUUUUAAAACAGAGGCUGCCUUGGCCAGCGGCGAUCCUCUGCCAAGGCACUGAAAUCAGUGAAAUAAUUCAGACACGAUCAUGGUUUGCAAAUUUUAAAGUAUAUUUUCUUCAGGGUGGAAGUAUUGUACUGAGGACAGGCUGCUGCAGCUCUCUCAGGGCAGAAGAAUGGAACAAGCUGGGGCUUUUAAACAGUCAUGCUGUAUGGGGGCGGGGUAAGAAAUUGCAAUGGUAAUGUCACUUCAGCUGGAAGGGUUAUUUUAAACAGCCUAAAGCACCUGGUCCCCUCCCCCCUCCAUCACACCUUAAUGUCAGGGAAGGAAAACAUCCAACUACUGGCUGUUCUGUGCAAUGGACCCAAAGCUUGGGCAAUGAUUUAUCACCAGCUGGUGCCAGAUAAGUCUCCUUUCUACUGAUGCUGUGAAUAUAUAUGUGUAAUGUAUCCCUUGUAUAUCUUAAGUUAUAGUGACUGUAAUAUAUAUGUUUGUAUUCCUAGAAUUGUGUGUAAGAGUCAAACAUAGCUGAAUAAAUCUUUUCACAUGG